AUGAGCAAGGCCUUUGCCGCCGCCGCCCUCGUCAGCGGCUCCCGCGCCGGACUCGUGUCGUUCGACGACUUCCUGGAGGCGCACGGGCGCGCCUACGAGGCCGGCACGGACGAGUACGUGAUGCGCCGGGGGCUCUACGAGGAGCGCCUGGCGGGCGCCGAGCGCCACAACGCGCAGGAGGGCCGGCUCUGGACGGCCGGGGUGAACAAGCUGUGGGACUGGACCGACGCGGAGCUCGAGACCCUGCGCGGCUGGGACGGCAGCAAGGUGCCGGGAGGCGCGGGCGGCCUCCGCAGCGUGCAGCCGCACCGGAGCGCCUUCCUGCAGCAGCGCGGCGCGGACCUGCCAAAGGAGAAGGUCUGGGGCGAGCUCGCCAUGGCCCAGCGCAUCAAGAACCAGCAGAACUGCGGCAGCUGCUGGGCGAUCGCCGUCUCCUCGGUGCUCGAGGCCCACGCUCAGAUCUACACUGGCAAGGUGCGGACCUUCUCGGCGCAGCAGAUCGUGGAGUGCACGCCGAACCCGCGCCACUGCGGCGGCGACGGGGGCUGCCAGGGCGCCACGGCGGAGCUCGGCAUGGAGUGGGUCCUCAAGAACGGCUGCGCGGAGGAGUCGGAGGUGCCCUACACGGGCCAGGACGCCGCGUGCCAGGGCGGCAGUGCCACCGCCGACAUGGCGAGAGCUCUCGUCGCAGGUGGCGGCACUUCGUUCCUGGACGGCGCAGACACCGCGGCCAUGGGUGGCGGGGCCUUCGGCAUGACAGGUUGGGAGACGCUCCCGAAAAACCAGUACGAGCCUCUGGCCCGUGCACUUGCGGAGAAGGGCCCCGUCGCGGUGUCCGUCGCCGCGGACACGUGGUUUAACUACGAGUCCGGCAUCUUUAAUGGCUGUGGCAAGGACGCAGUAAUCGACCAUGCGGUCACCGCGAUCGGAUAUGGCGAGCAGGACGGGCACAAGUAUUGGCUUAUCCAGAACAGUUGGGGCGCCGACUGGGGUGAAGGCGGCCACAUCCGGCUGGAGAGGCACGACCAGGACACGUACUGCGGCAUGAACAAUGACCCGCAGAAGGGCGUCGCCUGCCAGGGCGAGACCGACCCAGUGCCCGUGUGCGGCAUGUGCGGCGUCCUCUUCGACUCCGUGGUGCCCCAUUUCGGCGGCGGCGGGCAGUGA